AUGUCUACUCACGAUAUUCAGAUUGUAACAACUUCGCGACCACUCUUUCCACCACCAAUUACUCCUGAUGAACUUAAAGAUUCUUAUGUCACUUAUGUUAACAGAAGACCACCAACAGCGUUCGUUAUUUAUAAAGCCGCUUAUC